AUGGCGGUCGGGAUCUCGCAGAUGCAGAAUGUGGACGUAAUGGCUCGUAAGUUUCUGAAUGAGAGCUACACGGUCAUGCUGUUCCAUUAUGACGGGAAUGUGGAUGGGUGGCGUAGUCUCGAGUGGAGCGAUAAGGCCAUACACAUAGUCGCGCCCAACCAAACUAAAUGGUGGUUUGCUAAGCGUUUUCUGCACCCUAGUGUCGUGGCUAUCUACGAUUUCAUAUUUUUAUGGGAUGAAGACCUUGGAGUGGAGAACUUUGAUCCGAAGAGGUAUAUUGAUAUAAUGGUUUCCGAAGGCUUAGAAAUCACACAACCUGCAUUGGAUCCUGAUCUAUCAACAGAUAUUCACCACCGCAUCACAAUCCGCAACAAGAUGACAAAAGUGCAUAGGAGAGUAUAUGACAAUCGUUCAAGCAUGAACUGUUCUGAUGAUAGUAAAGGACCUCCAUGCACAGGGUGGGUUGAGGGCAUGGCACCAGUUUUUUCUCGGGCUGCCUGGAAAUGUGUAUGGCAUCUAAUACAGUGUGACUGGAGGGUCAUAACUCUUCGUAGCACAUCCAGUUUUAAUGUCUUGAACUUGCAGAACGACUUGAUUCAUGGAUGGGGCCUUGACAUGAAGCUUGGUUAUUGUGCUCAGGGUGAUCGAGCUGAGAAGGUCGGUGUAAUUGACAGUGAGUAUGUCGUCCAUCAAGGGAUACCAUCAUUAGGAGGACCAUCAGAUACCAGCAAGUUACCUCGAAGAUCUUUGGAUCUGCGGACACACAUUAGAAGACAAUCGUCAGCUGAGCUGGAAAAGUUCAAAGAACGGUGGGAAAAAGCCGUAAGGGAAGAUGACGAGUGGAUGGAUCCUUUUGACGCGUGA